AUGUCCACGACAUCCUCGAUGACGGAGAAAAAGUCGCAGGCCACUGUCGAGCCGGCGGAUAGAGACUCGACCAAAGAUGUCGAGAAGCUGGACGGCGCGAAGCCUCCCUCGGAGGAGGAUGAGGCAGAGGCGAACUUCCAGCCGAAAUCCAUGAAAUUCUGGGCGACAAUGGUCUCCAUCUUCAUGGCCCUGUUCCUCGUGGCCCUGGACCGGACAAUUAUUGGGACUGCCAUUCCCCGGAUCACCGUUGAGUUCCAGAGUCUGGGUGAUAUUGGGUGGUAUGGCUCGGCUUAUCAGCUGACGACCUCGGCGUGCCAACUGAUGUUUGGAAGAAUCUACAAAUUCUACGAUAUCAAGAAGACCUUCUUUUUCUGCAUUGCAAUUUUUGAGAUCGGAUCUGCCGUGUGUGGCGCUGCGCCAAACUCGAUCGCUUUCAUACUCGGCCGCGCCAUAGCCGGGCUUGGGUCCGCCGGUAUCUUCUCGGGGGUGAUGAUGAUAAUGGUGCCGCUCAUACCGUUGAGGAAAAGGCCAAUGUUCCAAGGCUUCUUUGGUGCCAUCUUCGGCAUCGCCUCUGUAAUGGGCCCCUUGAUUGGCGGUGGUUUCACGGACAGUACUGUCUCAUGGAGGUGGUGCUUCUAUGUCAAUUUGCCGAUCGGAGCGGUAGCCGUUGCCUGCCUCAUCUUUACGCUAAAGUUACCAAAGACGAAUCACGAAACCGUAUCGAUUUGGAAACAAUUCGUUCGACUCGAUCCUCUCGGCACAUUCUUUUUUGUGCCAAGUGUCGUCAGUCUUUUGCUUGCGCUGCAAUGGGGUGGGUCGACCUACGCCUGGAACAGCUCCCGUAUCAUCGCUCUACUGGUUGUUUUUGCUGUUUUGUGGCUCGCUUUCUGCGCUGUUCAGGUACUGAAGCCGGAGACGGCGACCGUGCCUCCCCGAAUCAUCACGCAAAGGACUGUCUUGGCGGCAUCGAUCUUCAUGUUCUGCGUUGCUGGCAGUAUGAUGAUGAUCGUAUUCUACCUGCCAUUAUGGUUCCAGGUAGUGCAAGGAGUGAGUGCUGUGAAGUCAGGCAUAUACACUAUACCCAUUGUCCUGAGUAUGGUGGUUGCAAGUAUAAUGUCUGGUGGAGUCACUCAGAAAAUCGGAUAUUACGUGCCAGCCAUGAUCAUCUCCCCCAGUCUCCUCGCCGUCGGGGAGGGUCUCAUGAGUACCUUCAGUCCAGGAGAGAGCUCAUCUCGAUGGAUCGGCUACCAGUUCCUUGCUGGGUUCGGCCUGGGCAUCGGCAUGCAAUCAAGUGGGCUGGCGGUGCAAGCUGUCCUCGGCCGGCCUGAUGUGCCAACCGGCGUGUCCAUAAUCUUUUUCAUGCAGCAGCUGGGAGGGGCCAUCUUCACGUCCGUGGGGCAGAACCUGCUGAGCACAUACCUGGUCGACGAGCUAUCGGGGGUCAUACCCGGCGGUGACGCAGCGGGCAUCGUCGGCAGCGGCGCCACGGAUAUCGUGUCAAAGGUCCCCGAGAACCUGCGCGACACGAUUCUUCAGAUCUACAACCAUGCAAUCACUCGCAUCUUCCUCUGCGGCAUGGGCGUCGCCCUCGUCGCUGCCGUUGCGGCGCUGUUUGUCGAGUGGAAGAACAUCAAGAAGACGGGGCCGCGACGGGCACCUACACCUGCCGGCUCCGACAAAACCGCAACAGAAUCGACGACGUCUGAAGAAGCUCCCAAGCCGGCUGACCAGACCGCUUCGCCGUCAUCGGCCAGACAAUCAACGGAGAAAACAAAGUCGGUGCCAGCUACUGACAUAGCUAAAGGGAAGGAAGCGGAAGCUACACAUUGA